AUGUCGAAUCAACGACAUAACGCGCCAAUCUUCUUACAUGCAAAUUUCGAUGUAACUGCACUUCUUCACCUUGCCCAGCGAUUACGAAACGUACCUUGCACUUGUGACCUGUCUCAGAGACCAAGAAGCGGUAGCCUAAAUUGGGUUAUUUUUCUCACCUUCGAUGAUGGUGUCGAAUGGGUAUUCCGCUCCCCUCGGACAUGUUACGGUUUAGAUGAGGAGACUGCUGGAGUUGUGCUUGCGAGCGAAGCAGCCACAAUCAAAUACAUUCGAGAGAACAGUUCCAUUCCUGUUCCAGAGGUGUUCUACUACAGCCCUACCAGAUUAAAUGAAAUCGGAGUGCCAUUCAUAUUAAUGAGCAAAGCCAAAGGCUCUCCCCUUAGCACUCGCAGUUGGCACCCGCAACCUUACCAAAUCCCAAAGACCGCUCCGCGCCAGUGUCUUAAACAACAGGAAAAGAAGAAGGUUAUGAGACAACUCGGGGAAAUGAUAUCACGACUGUCAUGCCUUCGGUUUGAUACGAUGGGCUCGUUGUUUGAAGAUGCGGGUUGUUUCAGUGUGAAGACAUGCCUUUCGCCUGGACUGCUCUUGCAAGACAGACACGCAUUACAAGGUUUCUUCCGGGGACCAUUCUGCAGUGAGAAGGACUACUAUAAGUCACUUCUAUCCGCAUUUUUCCAGCAUAUACAGUUUCUCACGUUAGAACAUCACACCUUCUUCGCUCCCGUUCCUGUGCCUUCGGAAUACAAUUCUUAUGACAGUUAUCUAUCUGCGACUGAUAAAUGGAACGAUUACGUCACACUUGGCUCGAAAAUUGAUAGCAGCAAGAACAGAUUGGACUAUUUUAUCACUGGCCGGUUUCUCGAGGGUAUGAUACCAUCCUUAAUAACCAAAUCCGACGCGAUCAUGGACAGUUUCGAAGUUGGAUAUCCUCUCCACCAUCCUGAUCUUAGUGCUAGCAACAUCUUUGUUGACGAUGAUUACAACAUCACUUGUAUUAUCGACUGGGCUUUCUCAUCGUCUGUGCCGAUUGCCAUGCUUCUUGCGACACCAGGCUUGCCUCAUCCCAGGGAUGAGAUAGAGCCAGCACUUGACUUAGCAUUCCGAGCCAGUGUCGCAAAAUGUUUUAUGAGAGAAAAAAAUGUGACGCUGCAUCAGCCAGUUUGGGAGAUGACUAGAAAGGUGCGGCUUUUUACACGAUUGACCCACUUGGAUGCCUUACAGGACUAUAACCUUUUUGCAGAGCUUUACACUUUAGUGUAUAAACAGCAAAUGUCGGACAUACCCACCAUGUUUAAGGAACAGUAUGGCGAGCCAGCGGUUCGGGAUAUGAAAAAGAUUCUCGUGGCCGACGAUCAAUCAUCAAGUGAUAUUGAACGGAAUGAGAAGGCAUACUUUUCCAACGUGGAACCCAAGCGACAUACAUUGGCAAAAAAGCUUACUCUCGUUUCGGUAAUGAGCAGAGGGUUUGUAGCGGAUAGGAAACUGUGGCACUGGAUUGAGGACGCGGAGAUAUUGUGA